AGAUCAGACCAACUUGGCCAAAGACCCUGAGAGUAUCUUUCAAUCCUCUUCAGAAGAGAGAUUCUUUAAACCAGGAAGUGUACUUGCCCGAUCACAGAGCCAAUAAUCGACCAUGUACGCUGAAGGCAAUACAACCGAGUUACUUCAAGAACAAACAGAAAUAGCAGGUACAGAACUUACAGAAGUAGGUACAGAGCCUGAUGGAAAUCGGGGAAUCGCGUUGUUACUCCUGUUUUUCGUGUUCAUUAUGAUUGCGAUCAAUGGUAUCUGCCUGGCCGCCUUUGCCGUCGAGAAACGGCUGCGUGGCUACAACAACUACUUCAUCAUAAACCUUACGAUUUCGGACUUUAUCUUCGGGAUUUUUCUCGUCAUUACAUGCUUACACAUGUACCUUGGGCGUCUUCCCUUUCCCUUUCCGGUUAGGUGCAAGGUGUUCUACGGUGUAAGCAACAGCAUUCAAUUCGUAUCUAACCUGAUCAUCGUCACCAUCUGCGUUGACAGACACCGUGCAACCUACGAUCCCAUUGGACAUUUCACAAGACGAAGAAAGCGAACGGCGCUCUACACCAACAUCUGCGUGUGGCUCGUUUCUUUUGUUUUCUGGUUUUCAUACUCGACGGUUCCUGACUAUAUUCUGCAGUUUCGGCUUGGUUCAGAGUGUUUUCAUUGGUAUUCUGUGUUUCCAAUCGCCCAAUUGUCGACCGUACUGAUCCGCUUCAUCAUCCCUUUCACCAUAAUGUUGAUUCUCUACAUACGGAUCUUCAUAAAGAUUCGAGGGAUCGCCGGUGGAAGGCACAUCGACAAGGAGUUUACCGAAGAUACCACAGUGUCAGAUCAUAGCCUACCGGAAGGUGAUGUCAUGGAAAAUAAACAGCGCCCUCAAGUAAAGACAAUAUCUGGAGUUCAAAAAGCCGCAAAUCGUGAGCCGGCCUCAGAGGUUCGAAGCGCCACCAAGACCCUACUCUUCAUCGUCAUGGCCUUCUUCAUCACGUGGUUCCCAACGUCUCUUUUGGCGAUUGUCAUCACUAUCGAUCGAACGCUCGGCUACCCGCGGCUACCCUACUGGGAUUUUUGGAUAACUAUUUGGCUCGUUUACGUGAACGGUCUACUCAAUCCGAUCUGUUACGUCAUCUCCCAACCGCUCUUCAGGAAAACCGUAUUUGGUUUGCUCUGCCGCCCUAUCCGGUAUUGCCGUUGCUAGGAUAAUUACCCCCACCCGCUUUACCACGAUACAGACUCAGAAACACGAUUUAUUACAAAACGUAGUUUUAAAAUCUAGUGUAGAAUCUUUUGGACUGUUAAUUAGACACACAUUCUGUUAAGAUAGAAGAUGAAUAUGAACACAAAAUUAUAGUUUCACAUCAUGUUCUAUGGUGAAUUAAUGCCCAGACACUUUGGUUUGUUGUACGAUGUUCAGACACACACACACAUUUCUGGUAAUCAUUCAGGUAUAUGUUUGUUGACAAAAAAAAGAAUUGGAUUUAUGUGGUAACAUAAACCAUAGAUUAAUAUCCUUGUGCUCACUCUCACAGGCGCACAAUGGCCCGUUUUCUGAAGGCAAUCUUAACUUGUUGAACAUGUCAAAAUUCUCUUUACAUUGCAUGUUUCUUACGUUUACAGCGGUCCUUUGUCUUUCCUUUAUUCGCCAUCCCCAGAGAGUUAUAAAUGGUUUGAAUGUCAAAUGUACUAAUGGAAUGAACCUGUAAUUUUAGAGAUUGGUGUCACAAUUGGCUAUCCAUAGUUAAACCACAAAAAUAGACCAGAGUUCUAAAGUAAACACGAGUUCAGAAUAUGGGUCCUAGUCUUUUUAUCACUCCCUCACAUGCAUAUUACAAUGUUUCUUUCUUUAUUUUACCAUCACUAUCGUCAUCAUCGUCGCCAUCACCAUCAUCACCAUCAUUAUAAUCAAAAGCAUCAACACGACCGUGAAAUAUAUAUGGUCUAUUUUGCACGAAAUUAAUUCUGCAGCGUGGUCAAAGACAAAGGGUAUUUGAGAGAGAGAAAACCUUGGGUGCAAUAUCGUUAAAAUUGAUAAUGCAAGUAUGGCAUAACCUAUUUCUGUUUCCAGGGUAAGUUGUUACGAAAGCGUAGUUGCGUUCUUACAUGGCAAAAAUGAUUUUAGUUACCCAACACCUGAUGUCAUUGCCAUACUUUGCUUUGCUAAAAAUAAAUUCCUUCUUAGAUCGACC